AUGGUGCGAAUUUCUUUGACACGUAACUCGACUCAAAUUGGGUAUAGUCUACCAAAAGAUGUUGAUCGAAUCUCUAGAAUGCAAUUAAACUUUUUAACUAAUGUCGACAAUGCGUAUGACGAAGAAGUAGACGCGGAAGUAACCUGGGAAGACCAGCAGCAAAUAAACUCCUUUAGUAAAUUAAAUGCAAAAUAUUCUGAUCUGGAAGAAAUUUAUAAUGCAAAGAAGAUAGAAAAAGAAUCAUUAGAGGAUUUAUCAUCAGAACUAGAACUCGCCGACGAUGAUGAACUAGUAAAAUAUAAAAUAGGAGAUGCUUUCAUCACGUUGCCGCUACAGGAGGCACAGGAACGGAUUGAACGUGAAUCAGAGCUUCUCACACAAGAACUCGAAAAGUUGAAACAUGAGAUGGACGGUUACGUUGAAAAAAUGAAUCAGUUGAAGGUUUCGUUGUAUGGGAAGUUCGGGAAAGCUAUUAAUUUAGAAAGAGAUUGA